AUGCUGCCAAAAAUUGACAAGGGUGGUUUUAUUUCCACUGAGAAAGCUCACCGCGAAGACACCAAAAGAUUUUUCCCCAAAAAGAAGAAAAAGACUUUGCACUGGGCCUUGAACUCGCCAACAGAUGCUGUCGGAGUUCAGAGCGCGGAAAAACUACCACCACUUCGACCAACAAGCAAGCGGGGCCAAACAGGACUUCAAGAUGGUAAAACGCCCUCGCUUGAACGGCCUAGCAGCAACCGAAAAUUAACGCUUUUUGAAAGAGCGGAGGAAGCAAGAAAUGCCUCCCAAACAGUACACGUUAUCAGCACCAAUGAGGUGAAGGACCCCGAAGCUGAGAGAUUAGAACGCAAGAAGGCUGAUUUGCUGCUUGACAAAGUAAUUCGAAAACUGAAACCCUCACUGCGAUCUCGCUCAUUGCAGCCGCUUCCUUCAAAGAGUCAGGACAAAGAAGGUGGGGAGUCAACUUCUGUCGAUAACGUGGAAAUAUUGACCCUAAACAACAAUCAAAACGAGGAUGCAAAUAUGUCCAAUUCUUUAGUGAAGAAGAACAUCGAAAUCGCGAGCUUUUUGUCCUCAGAAUUUCGUGGCCUUGAAAUGUUCUCACCGGCUGUCGAGAGAGCUUUUCAUGUGGAACCGGCUCCCCAGCCGAGCAAGAAUGACUUGCAAUAUAAAUUCCUCCCCGAUUCUCCCGGCAUUAAAUUACCCUGCGGCCAGCUGACAACCCAUGUACCACCCAGAAAGAUCCUUCCGCUCAAAAAUCUGCCAAGGGACCCACUGGCGAAGCUGCGUCUUGAAGCACGCCAUUUCUCCAUGGGUUUCAGACAACCUGCUGUCACCCAGAGCAACGUGACAGAGAAUGACCAGCCGCAGAUGCACCAUGCGGCAUUGAUGCAGUUGUGCGAAGCCUACACAAAGAACAUGGGGGAAGCCUUCUUGUACGCAAUGGCGCGCGAGUCUAUCGACCCACCGGCCUCUUCCUCCGACGAGGAAGUUGAAUGGACUGCCGUGGAGAAGAAUCAGAAGAUCUUGGACGACCCGACUGAACGCCUAGAGACGAAUUUAAGUAGCGAAGUGCUGGCGCCGAAGCCCCGAGCGAAGGACGCGUGUUUUGCGACAAUAGAAAAACUGGGCUGUCCCAUCUUGCACCGCCAGUCUGGUGUUCUGGCUGAACACCUGCCCAGCCUCGACGUUCUGCUAAAUCAAGCAAAUCAGACUCUUUCUGCAACACACGCCCCAAAUCCAAUGCGUUGGUUCCAGACCCUGGAUGGCAUGGAAUUUGACGCUGGAAAAUCAGUCAACUCAGAUGGAGACAACAAACAGAAGGACAUCGAGGGUUACGGUCUGGGAAAGCGCUUUUCUUGCCUGACAGGUGGUCUUGAGAAGCUGGUUAAUCUACUGGAUGCUACAGCGGAAAACGACCAACCCAAGGCGGAACUUCUCCUCGACAGUAUGGUGAAACAGCAUGUCCUGGACAUGCCCCUGGUAGUGGGCAACCCGGAGCGCAUCCGAGAACUGUACAAGAGCACCGUACUUUCGGAUCCCAUGCUUUACAAAAUGGUGAUGCGUCGACGCAAUAUCCUACCGCAGGAUUUGCAAAAUUUUGUCAACGAAAUUCUUGAGAUCACGGAGGCCUCAGACGAAAUGCUUGCCGCCCUCCAACCCUCCGCAGGUCAUCGCAAAUUGAUCACCGAUGCGGCGAAGGAAAUGUUCGCUUCUGGCUUCCUCUCUGGCGGGCCUAAAUGCCCAUUUGAGAACCCCGCUACGAAGAAGCAUAUAGUCCCAGUAAAGCUCGACUCAGCAGUGAGUGAUGACGACACAGAAAAAAUGCAACCUUCUGAGGCUGACCCCGAAAAAGGAGAGGAAGGUGAGACAUCGAGGAUAAUGAAUUAUACUAACGAUGUUGACUACGAGAAGGCCUUCAACACCUCUAUUCGCAAUCCUAGCCAGGACGUACUGGAAGAAGUGGCCUACUUCCUCCCGGAGUUUGCCUUCCAUAUUAGACCGCUUUUUGAACUGAAAUGGGAAAAGAUCGGCACUGACACUUAUCCGGAAGGGCUGCUGCCUGAACUGGCAGAAUUGCGUGAUCUGCGCCGCAACCGGUUAAAUAUAGUGAAGUCUGGAGGGAUACUAAGCCACAAGCAAGAAGAGGAGGACGCUGAAAAGACCAGACGACUAUGCAAAAAUCUAGUGUCGCGACUGUGUAAGCUAUUACGUGGGCCAGCAGGUGUGCUACCAGGAAGUGGUGCCUGGACAGCUUUACUGGCAGCUCUCCACGGUAUCAUGAUGUGGCCGCCGCUGGGAGACUGCCUUGUGCGCAAAAUGAACCACUGGCUACCCGUACUCCUUCUAACCCUCUUUAAUCGCUACCCCUCGGUGCGGGAAGAGGGCUGCUGUGUAUUGGCCUUCCUGGUCUCCUGUUACCCCCUCUUUACACGUCUGCACUAUCAUUCACGACAGCUCCUGGUCUCCAAUGUUACCUUUGCUCUGUUAGACGCCAUGGACAAGAAUAAGGACUCCUACGCCUACUUCCACGGCGUCCUGGGCUACAUGCUUCACUCUAUUCCCUGUGCAGCGCCAAUGGAAUGCAUCGUGCUCUGGGCACCACAGGUCAUGAAGCGGAAAAACAGUUUGGUUGCGCGGGACUGGCCUCGGUUCAUCUACUAUAUGGCCAAACAGUGGCCGGCGCACUGUCUGCGACGCAGUGUCAUUGUCCAGCGUCGGCUUCUGCGCGUGCUGGAGUUAGGGCUCAGUAAGCCGCGGUCAAAAUACAGUGCCAGACUCGCGCUCGGUUACUACCAGCGCAGGACGCGUGAGUUGAGCUUUGUGGCCACUUGUUGGCGUACUGCCGGAGAGGGCUAA